GGAGCUGCAACCUGCAGGGCUUUGCAGGGUCAUGAGCCCGAAAUAGCAGCUUAUCUCAUGACCUGAUUCUUUAGCUGGUAAAUCAAUUAAUAAAAUAUUCAACUUUUCCUUCUUCUCCAAUGGCUACCGCGAUAUCCUCCACAUUGUCAGCAGUUCCGUCCAUGGUUUCCAGCUCUGCCAGCUCUUCUGAUUGCUCUCGGGUCGUCCGCUUUGACGACGAGUGUGUCCUCAUUCCAGAGCUGCAACCCAUUAAACGGCCCAUUAUCAUCACCAAGAGCUACACCCUGCCUCUGUGGAGGCGAAAGACUUCAGACGACGAGUUAUCAGAAGAACCCUCUUCUCCAGUGCUCAGAGUCCCGUUUCCCAAUUUCAAGGCGAAAACCUCGAGGUCCUCAAGUCGUGGUCGAGAUCCAACAAUUCCGCUAAGUCCAUGUCUCGUUCACAGAUCUCCAUCUUCUUCCUGUGCCGAAGGUGUUCCACAUCGAAAGUUAGAGCGUCGUCCCUCUUUACCGAGUUCGCCACUAUUAGACAAUGCAGGAAAGCCGCUUCCAACUAUUCCCUUACGCUCCUGUUGUCUAGAUUGCGUCUCAAUCACGGAAGAAUGUCUGAAGGAAGGCGAAGCCUGGAUUGAGAAAUUCACUCGUGGUGCUCGCAGAAGACGCAGCUCUAGCGGCGAGUCAGACUGCGGGUUCACACCUGUAGCGUCUAUGCACCAAGGUCACAAAGAUAUAGCCGUCGUCAGGCUCGGAAGCUCUGCGUCCAUCAAUGUUGACGAAGUCGACAAACGGCGCCGGUCGCGCGAAAUUGAUGCCGUUCCAGACUUUCUAGCAACUUCCCCUUCUUCGCCACCAAUCACUCCCCAUGUUCCGUCCGCUAUAAUCGAAGAAGAUGAAGACCAACUUUUCCCUCUUCCGUCUCCUCGGCGCAGUCCCAACUCUUCGCCCGCCAACAGUACCUCCGCUUCUCCAAUGCCUAGCCCUAAUGCGUCUUCCUCGCAUCUAUCCCCAGCCGCUUCCAGUAACUCUCCCACAAUUCCCGAAGAAGGCAUACUUGCGAAAUCCCUCAUGCGUAAAGGCAGGUGCGAGAAGGGUCUAUUAACUCCAGAAGCUGAUGCAGGACCCACGUUGUCUUCCAUCUCUAUAUCUGUAUCGUCGGAGGGUAUACCAUCACUAUCCUUAUCAGUAUCCCCUGACGCUACAUCAUCGCCUACAUCACCUACGUUUGUUGAAUCAGCACGAAAUAUGUCCUCAGACCUUCCUCCAACCCCAACCUCGCCUCGUCACAGAUUUCAUUCACAAUCCCCUGAACACAGACGGGAAUCAUUUACCAAAGAACGACGUUCCUCGUUCGGCUCGACAGUGCUGCGAGCUACGGGCGAUAUAAUUAAAGGCGUUAGCUUUAACUCUGGCACCAUGCACGGGGGGAUGUCAGUCUAACUUUUUCAAUUCAGUUGCAAAACCUGCAUCAUACGGAUGAUACCUUUCCUACUUUAUAACUGUCUGUUAUAAUUUUCAAGAGUAUUGUACUAACCUUAUCUUAUACCCAGUGCUCCCUCUUUCCUCUCUUCCUCUUUGCGUUUAUACUUUGUGGAUUAUCUUCUCGCAUUGUUCUGCUGUUAUUCUGUCCUCUGUAACACUGUAUAUACAACACGAACCAAGAUUUCACAGAUUGGUCUUGGUGAAAUAUGUAUUUGGCGCAUGCACAUUACCCAGUGGACAAGAGUGGAC